AUGGACAGCAGACCCGACGACGUCAAUCUCGCCGGAGACAGCACCAUUCCUUCCGACCCCGACCCAGAGCCGGUGGUAAAGUCGGAUCGCCCAAUCUUCCCGCUUCUGCUCAACAACGCGAGUAACGAGACCAGCCCUUUGGCCUCGGGUACGGCCACGCAGGCGCGAAAGGCCGAAGACGACGACGACGAUGACGACGAGCCAGCAGUAGCGACGCCCUUUGUGCGCACUUCGAGCCCCGACGGCUCUGUCCAUGAAGAUGAGAACGAGGAUGAGGACGAGGUGUUGCCUACGCCUGAGGAAGGGGGAAAGAGGCCUCAUAGGCUCAUGCACAGGAUGCACAAGUUCAGCCUGUACGAGACAGCUAGCAGAUACUACAUCGUGGGCGGCGACGUGGCGGAGAAGCGGUAUCGCAUCCUGAAGAUCGACCGGACGACAGACGAUUCGUCAGACCUCAGUAUCACAGACGACAAGAUCGUAUACAGCCAGAAGGAGAUGAACCAACUGCUAGACACUAUCGACGAUGGAAACAAAGGAACUGGUGGCAUCAAGUUGCGUUGCACGACCUGGGGUUUGCUCGGUUUCAUCAAGUUUACGGGGCCCUGGUACAUGCUGCUCAUCACCAAGAAGAGCACGGUAGCCAUGAUAGGGGGGCAUUAUAUCUAUCAGAUCGAUGGCACAGAGCUUAUCCCUCUCACUCCUGCCCGUUUCAGGGCGGACCAGCGCAACACGGAGGAGUCGCGCUUUCUCAACAUCUUGAACAACCUCGACCUUACUAGAUCAUUCUACUACAGCUAUUCCUACGACAUCACCCGAACACUGCAGUACAAUAUCACGAAAGAACGGACUGCAAUACUCAAUGGAAAGCCCACCGGCGGUGAUGAGGACUUCAACUCGAUGUUUGUCUGGAACAGUCACCUUCUCCAACCCGCAGCCAAGUCUCUGAACUCGAUCUUUGAUUGGUGCCGACCCAUCAUUCACGGCUACAUUGACCAAUCCUCCAUAUCAAUCUACGGAAGGGUAGCCUACAUUACCAUCAUAGCCCGGCGCUCCCGCUAUUUUGCCGGGGCGAGAUUCCUCAAACGAGGUGCCAAUGAUCUAGGCUAUGUCGCCAAUGACGUCGAGACGGAGCAGAUAGUAUCAGAAGCGCUGACGACGUCGUUCCACGCGCCUGGUCCAAGGCUCUAUGCAAGCCCUCAAUAUACUUCGUACAUACAGCAUCGCGGCAGCAUCCCGCUCUACUGGACGCAAGACAACACUGGUGUCACUCCCAAGCCUCCGAUCGAGCUCAACCUCGUCGACCCUUUCUAUGGUGCGGCGGCUUUGCACUUUGAUAAUCUCUUCGAGCGGUACGGCGCCCCGAUAUACGUCUUGAACCUUGUCAAGGCGCGGGAACGUCAGCCGAGAGAGUCCAAACUGCUGGACGAGUACACCAAGGCCAUCGACUACCUCAACCAGUUCCUCCCAGAGGGCAAGAAGAUUAUCCACCGGGCCUGGGACAUGUCCAGGGCAGCGAAAAGCCGGGAUCAAGACGUCAUCGGUACCCUGGAAAGCAUCGCCGAGGACGUGGUGACCACAACUGGCUUCUUCCAGAACGGGGACGGCCAUAUCACUCCCAUCCGGGUGCAGAAUGGUGUGGCGAGGACCAACUGCAUUGAUUGCCUCGACCGUACAAAUGCUGCUCAAUUCGUCAUUGGUAAGCGUGCCUUGGGUCAUCAACUGCAUGCGCUGGGAAUUCUUGAAGACACCUGCAUCAACUACGACACGGAUGCGGUCAAUCUCUUCACUCACAUGUAUCACGAUCACGGCGACACCAUCGCGGUGCAGUACGGAGGCUCGCAGCUCGUGAAUACGAUGGAGACCUACCGCAAAAUCAACCAGUGGACCAGCCACUCACGCGACAUGAUCGAGAGCUUCAAGCGCUAUUACAACAAUUCGUUCCUAGAUGGGCAGCGCCAGGAGGCGUAUAAUCUGUUUCUCGGGAAUUAUAUAUUUGCUCAGGGACAGCCCAUGCUCUGGGAUCUAGCAACCGAUUACUACCUGCACCAUGCUGAUCCGCGCAGCUGGCUCGAGCAGAGAAAGCGCGGCUACAUCAAUUGGUUCACCCCGGAGCAUCUCGAGGAGCGCAAGUUGCCGCCUUAUGUGCCGCCGCAAUUCGACGAGGGAGGCAAGAAGCCCACCUCGUUCUUUGACGACUAUUGGUUGGAAUACUAUCGUCCGUCCACUUUGUCCUCCUUUCUCAAGAUGUUCCCUUAUAAGAUGAACUCGACCAUCAAGUACAUUCCCUUCAAGUCUAGCCAGGAAGGUCGUUACGACCUCAGCCCCUUCCGCGUCCGCAACGAGGGCGGUGGCGGCGGCGGCACCGGCGGCGGUAGUGGUGGACAUGGCGAUCAUGACGCCCAGGACAAGAAGAAACCUAAGAAGGAAGUGACUAUCCUGAUGCCUCAUGACUCUCUUGCCGGCGAUGACUCGGCCUCGAUCAUGUCUGGUAAGACCAGCACCACCGCUCGGGGCAUCCGAGGCUGGCUGCAGCCUAGUCAGCAAGACAGCCGGGCUGGUACAAACGGAAUGGCCGGUAUCAUGAAGGAAGGAACCAGCAUGCUUGCGCCGGGAGAACAGACAAAGCACAAACCCACCAGCUUGGAGAAGACACGCGCCGCACAAUGGACCUUCACAAAGAUGGUCCACGAGUCUACCAACCCCUCCGUCGACACCCAAGAGACGGAAGACUAUGCUCGAUACAUAUCGCACCCGCAGAACCUGCCGCUCGUUGUCUCGGCGGAGACGCCCAUCACCGAGGUGGACAGCGAGUACCAGGAGUAUAUCAAUGGAAGCUGGCAGUCCGAGGGUCUGUCGAUGCCGUCCAUGGUCCCUGAGGAGGACUACGCGGUGUACUCGGAUUUGCUAAAGGUCAACGAGAACCCGCUAACUGUGUUGGAGGAGGACGCUCAGAAGAAGAGGUACAAGGCUUAUAGGAAGUGGCUGAGGGGCAAGUCGCUAUUCAAACAGCUGCCUGUGGACUGA